CGCUGGUCACGUUAUGGUUUGAAACCUAAACCUCAUCCAAGUUUGCAGGUAAACAGUGAGAUGACAGAUCGCCUGAGAGAGUUGAGGGAAAGGUCGCAGAAACGAAAGCAGCUACUUGCACAAGCGUUUGGCGUGGCAAACCCAGAUGGCCUCAAGACGGUGUUGAAGAGCAAACAUGACUUGGAAGAGGAAGAAAAGGACUCGAAGCAAACAAAGGAGUCGGCCUCGACUUCUAAAGGACCUGAUGGGGAAGAGGAGAUAAAAACUGAACUUAUCAGCCCUGAAAGUAAACUGAGGAAAAAGGUGGGUGCUGAGAAGGAAGAAGAAUUUUGUGAAGAGGAAGAAAUAUACACUGACUCCAGUACAUUUCUCAAGGGAACUCAGAGUGCCAACCCUCACAAUGAUUACUGCCAAAAUUUCGUUGACACUGGUGAACGCCCGCAGAACUUCAUCAGAGAUGUUGGCUUAGCUAACAGAUUUGAAGAAUACCCAAAGCUGAGAGAGUUAAUUCGAUUGAAAGAUGAAUUAAUUGCUAAAACAAAUACCCCGCCAAUGUAUCUGAAAACAGACCUGGACACCUUUGACCUUCAGGACCUGAGGAUAAAGUUUGAUGUGAUACUGGUGGAACCACCCUUAGAGGAGUACAACAGAGCCCAGGGGGCAGUGUUUGAUACAUACUGGAACUGGGAUCAGAUAGAGAGUUUAGACAUUGCCAGUGUCGCGGCUCAGAGGUCGUUUAUCUGGUUAUGGUGUGGUAACGCUGAGGGCUUGGAGCGGGGGAGACUGUGUUUGAAACGCUGGGGCUUUAGGAGAUGUGAAGACAUAUGCUGGAUAAAGACUAACAUCAAAGACCCAAAGGCUAAGCGAAAUCCAGAACCAAAUGCUGCCUUUAACAGAACAAAGGAACACUGUAUAAUGGGGAUAAAGGGAACUGUGAAGAGAAGUACAGAUGGGGAUUUUAUCCACGCCAAUGUGGACAUAGACUUGAUCAUAGCAGAGGAACCAGAGUAUGGCAGUAAGGAGAAACCUGUGGAGAUAUUCCACAUUGUAGAACACUUCUGUCUGGGCAGGAGGAGGCUGCAUUUGUUUGGCAGGGACAGUACGAUACGCCCAGGAUGGCUGACGCUGGGCUCAGAGAUUACCUCAAGUAACUUUGACCCGGAUGUUUAUGCCAGCUAUUUCAAGGAUCCCAGCAGUAUGACGACAGGCUGCUCUGAGGAAAUUGAGAGACUUCGUCCCAAAUCCCCUCAGCCCAAGAAUAGCAGUCAGAACAUGCAGAAUUCUGGUAGUCGGGGGCGUGGUGGUAGAGGUGGAGGGAUGAUGAGGGGAUCUAACAAGGGAGGGAACCCGUCUGGCCGGGGUAGGCGAGGAAUGGGUGGCCGGGGAAGGAUGGGUGGAUUCAGGGGGCGUGGGAUGCACAGACCAAUGCAGAGAUAAUAUGUUGUAACCCUGCUAACAUCUGCUAGACCUCUGACCACAUAUUGAUAACACUUAAUGAUCAUCAGUGUCAUUACUGUUCUCUACAUGCCAAAAAAAAUCAUUUAAAUCAUUAUGAUCUUUGUUGAAAUGUUGUCAGUGAGAUGUGUGAGUUCAAUCCAGGUUUAUAUCUGACGUGUAUGAUGCACGAGUGUGUUGGGUUUGCAGCUGGCACUACUUGAUCCAUCCAGUACCUAAUUUAAAUAUUUUAAUGAUAUAAACAAAAAGACCAAUACUUCAUUUAUACUUUAUCUUGGUUGUAGUUUUACAUCCAUUUCGCAUUGUUGACACUGAAUAACUUGUAUUAUCAUUCCUUCUGAACUUUGGUUUACAUCAAGAUGUUUUUAUUGGUAAUAAGUGUACCAGAUCUGUUUUUUUCAGCAUAUAGUUGCUUGCGCAUCGCUUGCAGUUGCUCUUCGAUUCUAAUUAAAUAUGAUGACAAAUACAUAACAUUAAAGUCAACUCUUUGCACAAUCCUUGAUGUUCGUGAUUCAUAAAUGUCAACCUGCAGUGUAAAUAACUGCCAUGCUCAGAUCAUUGAAAUAAAUCCAUCUCCCA